AUGCUGACAUUGGGUUCUGACAGUAAGAACAUACGUGUAUGGAAAAAUCUUAAAGAAUUUAAUGGUUUCAAAUCAAAUAGUGGAUUGGUUAAAACCAUUGUUAUAGCAGGUGCAAAGAUUUUUACUGGUCAUCAAGAUGGUAAAAUUCGUGUAUGGAAAGUAUCUGUUAAGAACCCUGGUGUUCAUAAACGAGCUGGUACAUUACCAGCUUUGAAAGAAAUCCUCAAAAGUUCAAUUAAACCAACUUCAUGGGAUAGAACAUUUAAAGUAUGGAGGAUUUCUGAUUAUAAAUGUCUCGAAUCGGUUAACGCGCAUGACGACGCGGUGAAUUCAGUAGUAUCGAGGUCCGGCAGGGAGAUGGUUUUCACCGGUUCGGCCGACGGGACGGUUAAAGUAUGGAAAAGGGAACAACAACGUAAAGGGACAAAACAUAGUUUGAACCAAACAUUGUUACAACAAGAAUGUGCUGUUACAGCAUUAGCAAUUGAUGCACCGGGUUCGGUUUUAUAUUGUGGUUCCAGUGACGGCCUUGUUAAUUUUUGGGAACUUGAGAAAGGAUUAGCACAUGGUGGUGUACCUAAAGGACGUAAAUUAGCUGUUCUUUGUCUUGAAGCAGCUGGGAAUUUGGUGUUUAGUGGUUCAGCUGAUAAAACUAUAUGUGUUUGGCGUAGGGAUGGUAACAUUCAUACAUGUCUUUCGGUUCUAACUGGACAUACAGGACCGCGUAAGUGUUUGGCAUCGUAAAAUUCAUGGAGUUGAGCUAAUUUUGGCCGAAUGGCUGGUGAUGGCUAAGGAAAAUGCUACUUCUUGAAUUCUUUUAAUGCAUGCAUCGGUUAUGUGAAGUUAUCCCUUGCAUGCAAAGCCAUGCACGGUUUUUGUAUUGUUAUUACCUUGUAAAUAUGGUUUGGUUAUUAUUAUUGGGAAUUUUCAAUUGAAAAAAAAUACAUUUCUAGCUAACUAGAUAAAUAGAAUAUAUUUUGACUCCAUUUAGACAUAGGUAAAUGAAAAUUCAUUAUUAUGAUU